GUUAGCUUUCCGAACCACGCGAUUUUGUAUGGAGCUAUCCUCGUUAUCCAUCUCUCACAUGCACAUCCGUCAAUAAUACGAAGUUCCUCAUUCACCAAGCAGCAGUAUCCAAAUUGGUCAAUACCUUUAUUGGCAUCGCCCACCAUGCCAAUCAGCUCAUUUCCCCCUUUAUAGAUAAACAUCUUUUUCCUUUUAUUAGAUAUGCGAUCGGCCAUUUUACUUGGUCGGUUUUGCGCUCGUCGAGCUUCCCAAACUCCCAAGACUUCUUCUGCGAAUAUUGUCCGAUGGCAUUCGACAUUACGCUUCCGAACCCAGCGCGUUCCGCCGUUGCGAAAUACACAGGCUAAAUUUGGUAGUCGGGUACUCAAAGCCACAACAAAUGCUGCUCUUGGAACUGCUCUUUUCGUCAAGUUAUCCCAAGAUGACAAUGGAGAGUCGGAAAAGACAAGGGAGAAGCGUAUGCUCGAAGUAUCCCAAGAAGAGUUGAGGAAGACAGUUGGUGACGAUGAGAGAGGAGUCUAUCGCUUAGGUCACAGGUUGGUUUUAUUCCUGGACUCUUAUUUCUGGGAGCCUCUAUGUACUGGCGUAAGAUUCAUCGAAUUGGUCUUCAUAUUCAUACCCGUAAUAUUGGCCGUGCCAGCUGUAUGGAUUGGGAGUCGCCAACCGAACCGAGAUAACGAGAGAUCCGGCACAUUAUGGUGGUAUAACUUUCUUGUUAAAGCAAUGGAGAGGGCUGGGCCAGCUUUUAUAAAGCUCGGUCAAUGGGCCGCCUCAAGGUCCGAUAUCUUCCCAACCGAGAUGUGCGAUAUUAUGGCUAAACUCCAUUCCCACGCCCCCGCGCAUUCCCUAGAAGCGACGAUGCGCAUAGUUGAAAAAGCAUUUGAUGGUAGAAAAUUCGUGGAUAUUUUUGAAGAAUUCGACCAGUCGCCUCUUGGUGUCGGUGCUAUUGCUCAGGUAUACAAAGCGAAAUUGAAGCCGGACCUCACCGCGCCAGGUGACGUUGAUAUCGCCGAGACUAGCCGCAAUCUUCGACGACAAGUUCGACGUAACGUAGACACCGUUCUGAAGAGUGUACCGAAGCGCGUCCCCUCCUCUUAUGUCGCCGUCAAAAUUUUACAUCCGCGCGUGGAACGAAUUGUAAGGCGUGAUCUCCGUAUUAUGGGCUUUUUCGCUUCGGUACUUAAUCUUAUACCUACUAUCGAAUGGUUAUCCCUACCUGACGAGGUCACGCAAUUUGGCGAAAUGAUGAAGUUACAACUAGACUUACGGAUAGAAGCUGCCAAUCUUGCUAGGUUCCGAAAGAAUUUUAAAGACCGGACGACAGCCUGGUUCCCGUUCCCAUACCUAGAGUUCACGACGCGCGAGGUCCUUAUUGAGGAAUUCGCACAGGGGAUACCCCUUUCGGAUUUUCUAGAGAACGGCGGAGGAGUUUUCCAACGGGACAUUGCGCAAGAAGGCCUCGACGCCUUUUUACGUAUGCUAUUAAUCGAUAAUUUCGUUCACGCGGACUUACACCCCGGUAAUAUUAUGGUUCGCUUCUAUCAGGCGUGUACGCCCGAUCUUAGUUUACGCGGGUCUGGAAACGGCCAAAAACCCCAAGAGCAGCCCGACGUAACCGAGCAGGUCCUGGAGAGACUCCGCCCGUAUCGCAAGCGAAGAAAUCUCGCGGCAUGGGAAGCGGAGCUGAAAAAGAUCGACGAGGAAGGAUUCAGGCCGCAGCUUAUAUUCAUUGACACUGGGCUUGUGACAGAGCUCAACGAGAAAAAUCGCCGAAACCUCCUAGACCUCUUCCGCGCCAUUGCCGAGUUUGACGGAUACAAGGCAGGUCAUUUAAUGUGUGAACGUUGCCGUCAGCCUGAUGCGGUUAUUGACAAGGAGGUUUUCGCCCUGAAAAUGCAACACCUUGUGUUAAACGUCAAGAGCUCGACUCUCGCUUUGGGUAACGUCAAGAUUGGGGACAUCCUGAAACAGGUCCUAGACAUGGUUAGGGAGCACCAUGUGAGGCUAGAAGGCGAUUUCGUAAAUGUUGUAAUUAGUAUCCUGCUUCUUGAAGGUAUCGGCCGUAGCCUUGACCCCAACGUCGAUUUAUUGAGCAGUUCGUUACCAAUCCUCAGACAACUCGGUACGCAAGGUGGAGCCGAGAUGAUAAAGGGCGGCGAUUUCUCCAUGUUCUUCGUCUGGGCAGGAUUGGAGGCAAGGAGGUUCAUGCAAGCUAGCAUCGAAGAUGUCGAAAGAUGUGUCAAAUACGAUUUACUAUCACCGAAUAUUUAAUCUAUGUACAAGGCUACGCAUAGAUAUGGAGCAGCAUACACAGGCACCGAUAGACGCAAUUAGGCACGGGGCACAUGAACAAUACAAAUCUCCCUAAAAUAUUAUAUUUCAUUAUAAACGUUUCCCAGCUAGAUCAGCCAGAUUCAACGUCUCGCGAAUAAUGCUCAAGUCAUAUGCAAAUAUUUUGGCUAUCAUGUCUACCUAUCUAUUGAAU